AUGACUCGGAGGCUUCUUUUUCGCCAGCGCUCCCCCCACCCUUUCUUUGGGCGGUCCGAAAUCCAAAUCAUCGAGUCGGAAAGCGAUCAGCAAAGUCCUAGCAAAACUCUGAGUGUUGCGUUGCUAGAAAAUCCUAAGUUUCCGCCCUUUGUCACGCUCAUUCCCGCAAGUUACCUUUGA